AUGGGCCGACAGCCGCUCGUAAUUGGGAAACCUGAAGCGGCGAUGCUCGAGAGCAUCUUGAAGACGUCAGUGACCAGGCUGGUAACAAAGGCAUCGUGAACUCCUUCACUGACAUCUUUAAUUCCUCGAUCACCCCUCUCAGUUAUGACCUGGACAAGAGCAAGAUGCUCAUGGUUGGCGACCGACUGAACACGGACAUUCUGUUUGGCGUGAACGGCGGUAUUUCCACGAUGCUCGUCCUGACCGGUAAGUUGGCGCAUCACGGAUCUUCUCAAGAAUAUACUUAACAUUCCUGUUCCUGACUAUCCAUGUUUGGUGCCAAUGAUCAUUCAUCUCGCAGGCAUCAACACGAGGGCCGAAGCAGAGGCCGAGGAUGCGGUCGCCAAGCCGACGUAUAUAGUAGACAGUCUUGGAGAUUUUUUAUCGGUUGUAUAG